GAUGUAGUCGGGUUUUUUUUUUCAAAUUUGCCGAAAUGCCACGUGCUUCCACUUAUAUCAAUGCAUUUCGUAACAAUCUAACCACGAAACGUAUAUUAGAUCAAAUAAGUCUGUUAGCAAUUCAUUUUUUUGGUUGAACAAAUUCGACACUCAUUCAUUGACCUCAAUACAAAAAAUCCUCACUACGUGGGUUUAUUUUCGUUUUCGUGGACAGAUUUUGGGUGGAGUAAAACUUCUCCAUUAGUCUCUUCCUCUCUGCUGCCGUACGUUUUUGCGUGCUCAAGAACCGUGAACGAGCAUAUUCAGACUACCCUACUGAGAAGAAACGUGAUCCCCACCAUGAACCCCAAACUGACCCAGGAACAGGAGAAACAGCUGUGUUCCUUACUGGGAAACAUCAAACUCAGCCUGCUGUUCAAGGCCAGUAUACAUGGCUACACAGGAGCAGCCUUUCACCAGAAAUGUGACCACCAAGGUCCCACAGUCUCUGUAGGAUAUAACUCCACAGGGUUUGUUUUUGGAGGCUACACAAGUAAAGAUCAUGACCUAGCCAAGCAAGGCCAGUACAUACAGGAUGACAAAGCCUUUUUGUUUAGUUUAACUGGUAGAAAUCCUGUCAGGUAUCCCGUCACAAAUGCCCAAUGUGCGGUCAAAAUGCAUAACACAACUGGCCCUUACUUUGGGGAGGCUUUGCUGUUUAUGAACGCUAACACAGCUACAGUGAUCAGCGCUCCAGGAAACUACUACAACUUCAAUGCUGCAGAAAUGCAUGGCAAUAACCUUAAUCUAACUGAGUGUGAGGUGUAUAAAGUGGAAGAAGGUGGUAACAUCAUCGAAAAGCCAUGGAGGACAAUUCUUUGGAAAGCUGAGAGGAGAAAGGAGCUGAUGGAGUCUGUUAAGCUCUUCAGGCCCACGAUCAGUUCUGUGGGUCAGGCUAGAGUUCUACUCAUCGGCCCCGUCGGCGCUGGGAAGUCCAGCUUUUUCAACUCUGUCAACUCCAUCUUCCGAGGCCAUGUGACCAGCCAGGCCAUAUCGGGCAAUUCUGGAACCAGUCUGACCACUCAGUUUCGCACCUACUCAGUUAAGGCUGGACGCGAUGGCAAACCGCUGCCAAUCAUUUUGUGUGACACGAUGGGAAUGGAGGAGGCCACAGGGGCGGGGCUAGAUGUGGAUGACAUCAGCAGCAUUCUGAAAGGCCAUGUGCCAGACAGAUACCGGUUCAACCCAUCAGUCCCUCUGCAAGCAGAUGCCCACGAAUUCCAGCAGUCAGUGAACCUGCAUGAAAGGAUCCACUGUGUGGUGUACGUCAUGGACACCUGCAAAGUCUCCAUUAUGUCAACCAAACUAGAGGAGAAACUGGCAGCCAUUCGCAGGAGGGUCAACCUGCUAGGCAUCCCACAGCUGGUUCUUCUUACCAAGGUGGAUGAGGCCUGUCCCUGUGUGGCUGACAACUUGAGGAAUGUGUAUAACAGCCAGUACAUAAAGACCAAGGUCCAGGAGGUGAGUGGCCGUCUGGGGGUACCCAUGUCCUGCAUUGUCCCAGUAAAGAACUACAGUGAAGAGCUGGAGCUGGACAUGAGCUGUGACAUCCUGCUCCUCAGUGCCCUGAUCCAGAUGCUCCGCUUCGCAGACAACUACUUUGAUGAUGUCAACGACCAAGAGAAGCACGACUAGACCAAGUGGAGGAGAUCACCCAGCAUGGUGGUGGUAUUUCCUGUCUAUGCCACCUUGUUUAGCCCUCUCUGCUUCAUUCUGUAUAUCUUGUUCUAUGGUGUUCACGUAAUCAUAAUUAUGAUGACUAGUUAUCCAUUACACAAAACUACAGAAUGAUAAGAAUAUCUUAACAUGCCUCAUUGAGCCUACAUCUUGAAUAUUUGAUUCAAUUGCUAGAAAUAAUCUGUAUUAGGCCUAGAUUGAAAGUUAGUUCACUAGCGUUGCUAAUUCUGUUUACAUCAUUGUGAUUGUUUGGAUUACAUGGGAUAGGUGAAAGGAUUGGGUUUUCUUCAUAUGUUCAUUGGUUGCUUUGAAUCAAACUAAAGACACCACCACUCUAUACUAGUUGAUCCUACAUAGUCAGUUCUUGGUUAGUCUCAUAUAGCAAUCUGCUCCUCAGAAUAUACCCCCGCUGAAGACAAGGACAAGCUAAAACUUAGUACAAGAUCAUGUAGUUUUUAUAUUAGAUUCACUUCACAUUUGGCUUGCAAAUGCUUGAAGUUUAACCACUAGAUGGCAGUAUAUCACCAUGAAAGUGAAAAUAAGUUGUUAUUAACAGUGUGUGCUGCUGUUGGAAAAGCUGCCCAUUAAAGUUACCUUUGUUGAAUAUCAUA